CACAGCCUUUACAGCGCCCACACAGCGCCAGGCAUUCUACCCCGCAGGCUCAUGUUCUGCCAGGGCUGAUGCCAGGCCUAGGCUCAAUGUCUCCAUCGCGACAACCACGCGAGCUGCAGCGCCCGUCUCUGGGCAUUACCCAGCGCGCUGCUGCGAAUGGCACUUGGCGUGGACCAACAAGCCACCCAGCACUAUAACAGCUCUCAAAAUGGCAUCCACCAAGGCCAACAGCCUAGCAGACCACCGUCGUGUGGGGACGCCGAGCGCUGGGGGCGAAGGCGAUGGCCAUGUCGCAUCACCACCACCACCACCACCAUCGCAAACAACCCUCGCAGACAACAUCCUCUUCUACCAGCCCGCCUCCGCCGCCAACAGCACAAGCAAGGUCAAUCUGGCCCCCAGCGACGACGCCCCGGCCCUCGUCGUGCUCUGCACCUGGCUCGGCGGGGACACGCACCGCCGCAUCGCCCGCUAUGUAGCGGGCUACCAGCAGCUGUGGCCGCGCGUCGCCGUCCUGGUGGUGCGCACCGUCUUGGCCGACAUGUCGGUCCGGCCCUUCGCCGCCCUACGCGCUCGCCUGGCGCCCGCGCGCGACGCAAUCUCGCGCGUCCUGUCCGAUGCUGCCGGCAGCGGCAAGGGCCUCCUGCUGCACGCUUUUUCCAACGGUGGCGCCAGCGUGGCCGUCCAGCUAGCCCGCUCUUUGGGGCAGUCGCCUCCCUCGAUCCUCGACGGGCACCUGCGUCUUGUCGUGCUGGAUUGCUGCCCGGGCGACGGGUCCUUCCAGCAGACGUACCACGCCGCCCUGAAAUCGCUACCCCCGCGGAUGCCGCUGCGGGCUGUGGGCAUGGCGGCCGUCUUCGGCAUGGUGGCUGUCGUCACGGGCCUGCAGGCUGCGGGGGUCAUGGGGUUCGUGCAGCAGAUCCGCCGCCAUCUGAACGACGCAAGCGUGGUGCCGGCGGGGGCGGACAGGCUGUACUUGUUUUCUCGUGCCGACAGUCUCGUGGGGGCUGCCGACGUCCUCCAGCACGCACGCGAGGCGACCAGGGGCCUGGCUGGGAAGGCCGAGGUGGGUGGGGUUAUCUUUGAGAAGGCUGAGCACUGCGCGCUUCCUCGGGAGGAUGCUAACAGGUAUUGGAAUGCCAUCAAGGACGCGUGGGGAGGAAAGGUUUCGUCGAUGCCGUUAGGCGCUCCGGAGAGAGCAUCCAAGUUGUGACAUAUGAAGGAGUGUAUAUUAUUAGUCUAAUCUUUUGGUUUAGGUCUGUGAAACAUGUAAACUCAGGACGUCCUAAUACAACCACAGCUUAUGCCCAUCACUAC